CACAAGAUGGCGCUAAGAAAUUCUGAAACUUUCACAAAGACGGAAGAGUAGGUUGGGACCGCGCGUCAGUAUUUUCCGGUUGAGUUUUCAAAGCAAGAACAGUGUGUUAAUUUACUCGCAGAAGCCUUCCAGUCAUGGACAUACGACCGAAUCAUACAAUUUACAUAAACAAUGUAAAUGACAAAGUAAAAAAAGAUGAGCUGAAAAGGGCGCUCUACCUGCUGUUCUCACAGUUUGGCCAGGUCAUGGACAUCGUGGCGCUGAAGACCAUGAAGAUGAGGGGCCAGGCGUUUGUGGUGUUCAAAGAGCUCGCCUCGUCCACCAACGCCCUCAGACAGCUCCAGGGCUUCCCCUUCUUCAACAAACCCAUGCGUAUUCAGUACGCUAAGACGGACUCGGAGGUCAUCUCCAAGAUGCGGGGAACGUACGGCGAUAAGGACAAGAAGAAGGAGAAGAAGAAGAAGGCUUAUGAACUGGCAACCAACGCCAACAAGAAGGCAUUAGCAGGUGGAUCAUCACAGCCUCCACCCCCGGCAACGCAGGUUCCUGAUAACCCACCGAAUUACAUCCUGUUCCUAACGAAUCUGCCUGAGGAAACCAACGAGAUGAUGUUAUCCAUGCUGUUUAAUCAGUUCCCUGGUUUCAAAGAGGUGCGUCUCGUCCCUGGGAAGCACGACAUCUCCUUCGUGGAGUUCGAGAACGAGGGUCAGGCGGGCGUUGCCAAGGACGCGCUGCAGGGAUUCCGCAUCACCGCCACGUGCGCCAUGAAGAUCACCUACGCCAAGAAAUGACCUUUGACCCCCUCAUCCCGUGAAACGAGGGCAGGAUAAUGGACACACUUUUUUGAGAUACGGGGCGGCUGACUAAACUGAUGUCGGCUCACCUUUAUUUUUGUCGUCUGUGCUCUUUUUUAAGUCAUUUUUUUUGUUUUGUUUUGUUUUGUUUGUUUUGUUUUCCCAGUGAAAUGACGGCUCUAGAGUAUUCUCAGUUAGGUUCCUCCCGUGGUUGAGGCUGUGUGGGGUGGACAUAGUGACAGAAGCGGCGGCCGCUGAGUUUAUUUUGUACAAUAUAAUAAAGGACUUUUCUAAAAA